GGCGGGCCGGCCCCCUCCCCUCCCGCCCGCCCUCCCUUCCUCCCGUCCUGCAGCCAAUUAGACAGCCCCCUCGGGCGGGAGGCGUGGGGCGCUCCAUAAAGCGGCGCGGAGCUGUCACCCCGCGAGUAGGCUGCGCACCGCCCAGGCCGGAGCAGGCGCCGAAGACUCGGGCGCUUCGGACCCGGGAGCGUGGAGGAGCCAUGGCCACCACCAACGGGGCCGUGGAGAACGGGCAGCCGGACAGGAAGUCACCCGCCCUGCCGCGCCCCGUCCGCAACCUGGAGGUCAAGUUCACCAAGAUAUUCAUCAACAAUGAAUGGAACGAAUCCAAGAGUGGAAAAAAGUUUGCCACAUAUAACCCUUCAACUCUAGAGAAAAUAUGUGAAGUGGAAGAAGGAGAUAAGCUCGACGUAGACAAGGCCGUGGAGGCUGCACAAGCCGCCUUCCAGAGGGGCUCGCCGUGGCGCCGGCUGGAUGCCCUGAGCCGCGGCCAGCUGCUGCACCAACUGGCGGAUCUCGUGGAGAGGGACCGCGCCGUCCUGGCCACCCUGGAAACGAUGGACACAGGGAAGCCGUUCCUUCACGCCUUUUUCAUCGACCUGGAGGGCUGUAUCAAAACCCUUCGAUACUUUGCAGGGUGGGCAGACAAAAUACAGGGCAGGACCAUCCCCACAGAUGACAACGUUGUGUGUUUCACCAGGCACGAGCCCAUAGGUGUGUGUGGGGCCAUCACUCCUUGGAACUUCCCUCUGCUGAUGCUGGUGUGGAAGCUGGCACCCGCUCUCUGCUGUGGGAACACUGUGGUCGUGAAGCCAGCGGAGCAGACUCCCCUCACCGCCCUCUAUCUCGGCUCUUUGAUCAAAGAGGUGGGAUUCCCUCCGGGCGUGGUGAACAUCGUGCCAGGAUUUGGGCCCACAGUGGGAGCAGCAAUUUCUUCUCACCCUCAGAUCAACAAGAUAGCCUUCACUGGGUCCACAGAGGUUGGAAAGCUGGUAAAAGAAGCCGCCUCCCAUAGCAACCUGAAGAGGGUGACACUGGAGCUUGGUGGGAAAAACCCCUGCAUCGUGUGUGCUGAUGCCGACCUGGACUUGGCAGUGGAGUGCGCCCAUCAGGGAGUGUUCUUCAACCAAGGCCAGUGCUGCACGGCCGCCUCCAGGGUGUUCGUGGAGGAGCAGGUCUAUGACGAGUUUGUCAGGCGGAGCGUGGAGUUCGCCAAGAAACGGUCCAUUGGAGACCCCUUCGACGUCAGGACCGAACAGGGGCCCCAGAUUGACCAGAAGCAGUUCAACAAAAUCCUCGAUCUGAUUGAGAGCGGAAAGAAGGAGGGAGCCAAGCUGGAAUAUGGGGGCUCGGCCAUGGAAGACAGGGGGCUCUUCAUCAAACCCACUGUCUUCUCAGAAGUUACCGACACCAUGCGGAUCGCCAAAGAGGAGAUUUUUGGACCGGUGCAGCCAAUACUGAAGUUCAAAAAUAUCGAAGAAGUGAUAAAAAGAGCAAAUAGCCUUGAAUACGGACUAACAGCAGCUGUGUUCACAAAAAACCUCGACAAAGCACUGAAGCUGGCUUCCGCGUUAGAGUCUGGAACUGUCUGGAUCAACUGCUACAAUGCCAUCUACGCACAGGCUCCAUUUGGUGGCUUUAAAAUGUCGGGGAACGGCAGAGAACUAGGUGAAUAUGCGCUGGCUGAAUACACAGAAGUGAAAACUGUCACCAUCAAACUCGACGACAAGGACCCCUGAAGGAAAGGCAGGCUCCUUCCUCAAACAUCUGACAGCUGAAUGUGGCAGAUCUAACUUGCUGAAGAGAAACCUACAUUCUGACCUUCCUGGGAUACUUUCUUCUGGAGACUUUAAAUCUACUGGAUUUGAACGAUUUUUAUUUUCCUCUCACACUCCUGUUUUAUUGACCAAAAUGUUGUGUGUGAAAUUGUAGUCCUGCCUGGGGAUGGGACUAGUGGCCAUUUCUGUUUUCCACUUUCCACCAGAUCCCGGGGACAGUGAGGAGGCUCAGGGUGUUGUCAACAGGAAGUGGUAUUUGAAGUAUCGAGCAGUAGCUUAAAAAUGCUUUGUUGACUCUGACUCCAGUAAGAAUUUGGAAAAAAAAAAUCCCUGCGUGUUCUGCAAACAGGGCUCUGUACCUGCGGGUUCCUCAGGGUUACCUGCCCACAGAACAAGCCCCUUCUACCAUUCAGUGGGAAGGAAUAGCACUAAGUUUUAAAAACAUUUUAAAUGUUUUUAAAACUUAGUGCUAUUCCUUCCCACUGAAUGGUAGAAGGGGCUUGUUAAAAACAAGGUUGGGAGUAUCAGAUGUGGGGAGCUUUGGGGAAGCAAGUACCAUGGAAGGGUCCUGAAGGCCUUGGUUGUGAACGGUCUUCAAGGACUGUAUCUUGACAUUGACAAUGGGACUCAGCUUAAAACCAAUACUGCCUUUGGAAUGUGACCAAAUCAACAGCCCAAAGAGCUUAUCUAAUGCUAUGUCAUUGUCUACCUUAACCAAGGCACUUUCUUAGGCAGGAAAUGUCGCUAGUGUCACCAUCGCUGCUAAAGACCCAGUGCUCUGACACUACAACAGUAUAGCAAAUCCUCGGAUCAUUAAGUCCCACAUUUUACAAAUUAAAGCCAUAAUUUGCUUUUCCCAAUUAUGCAUUUCUACCACUUGCCUAUGUAGUUUUCCUUUUCUCCAGUUGGGGUAUCAACACUUUAGUAAGACAUACACAACUGAAAAGACUGCUGUUAUAAUACAGCCCUGGUUUUUCAAAGUCCUAUUUUGAUAUUAAUUAGUGAUUGAUUAACAAAUAACAUCUGGACUUCAUGGAGGAACUGGGUCUGCUACUACAGUGGCCUGAGCACAGCAAUAACAGGUUGUGAAUUUUUCUUUUCCUCUUUGUGUAUCCAAAGGAUGUGCAAUUCCAAGUUUUAACUUGGAAAACUGAAAGUGUUCCCAUAUAGCUUUAAAAAAACAAAACCAAACUGAAAUUGUUUUAUUCAGAUACUUUUACUAUUACUAACUAGUACUUUUCUAACGGUGCUUAUGUUUGAGAAUUAAGUUAUGUUUGAGAAUUAAAAUGGGGCGGCAGUAAUAAAAUGGAGGUCAGUGUCAAAACCAGUGUAUGUAUAGAGAAAGUCUUAUGUGAAGUGAGGUUAUCAUUCUUGUUGGAAAUAUGCACUAUGCAAUUCACCUUCUCUCAAUCAGUUAACACAUCCCUUAGACUAUCAGUAACUUGUUAAAUCAGGAUUUGACUUCAUACACUGAAUUUUCAGGAUUUUAUCUAAAGUAACUAUAAACACUAACCUUGAUAGUAAUACAUUAGAGGGUUCUUAUUCUUUCAUUGUACAAUAAUGCCUUUAAUAUGAAAUGCUACAUUAUUUAUAAUGGGUAUAAUGUAUCUUUUUAUAGUUGUAAGUAAACAGAGGUGAUGUAUUUAACCUUCUGUAAUAUACUGUAUUUAUCUAUAUAGUAUUAGAUUUCACUUCUGUUAAGGUUUACUCCUGUGGUAUGGUUUAAAAAAUCUACUGGCCUGGGAAUUCUGACCCUAACUGCAGAUUGUGUUCAACAAUGCAACAACUAUAAAAUAAAAUCAGAUAUUUGAGAAAA